GGCACCCUUCAAUAAAUGUCCAGCUGUUUCUCGUAUCACUCACGCCGUCUCCAAAAACCUCCAACCUCCCUUCUCUCUAGAGCCACCGGAGCGUUCAUCUGCUCGACUUCUCGAGCCAGCCCUUCAAAUAACCCUAUUUGAGACAUCUCUCUCAGGAUCUUGUACAGAACCGGGAAGACUGUAAAGGGCGUGUGUCCGUCUUGGUGCUUCAAAGUACGUCUGUCACUCUGAUCGCUCACUUGUAAAUUCCGGGUUCCCGAUAACUCCGGCCAGGGGAUUGUCUCCCGCACCUAAGCACGUGUGCUUCAAUUGUCAUUUGUCUCAGUCACUCGUCUGGAAUGAGGCUCAACCUCGCUCAACAAGAUGUCUCAUCUGUAUCCUCGCUAUGACACUCUUCAGAAGACCUUCCCUCGCCAGCCUCAGGAUGGCCUGAAGGCGCCGGCGAGCAAGGCAACUCCUUAUCAAGCCCGUAUGGACUUGUAUUCCGCCUACUCGACCAUCGAGGACAAGGCCAAGAAGCUCAGCGCCGAAGCUACCGCCGAGUUCAACAAGGCCAGCUCUGCCGCCCAGGCCAAGGCCGGCAAGAUCGAGCUGUACUCCGGGAAGUACUACGCCGCUUGCACCUUUGGAGGAUUGAUGGCUUGUGGACUUACUCACACUGCCGUGACUCCUUUGGAUGUUGUCAAGACUCGGCGACAGGUGGACUCCAAGCUCUACACUGGGAAUUUCCAGGCCUGGGGCAAGAUCUACCGAACUGAAGGCGUCCGUGGAAUCUUCACGGGUUGGUCCCCAACCUUCUUCGGCUACUCGGCCCAAGGCGCCUUCAAAUAUGGAUGGUACGAAUAUUUCAAAAAGACGUACGCUGACAUCGCCGGCCCGGAGAACGCGUACAAGUACAAGACUUCCCUGUAUUUGGCUGCUUCUGCUUCGGCUGAGUUUUUGGCGGAUUUAGCACUCUGCCCAUUCGAAUCUGUCAAGGUCCGCAUGCAAGCAACGAUUCCGCCGCCUUACACUGGUACCUUCGAUGGCAUUAGCAAGAUCACUGCGAAGGAAGGCUGGGGUGGGCUGUACAAAGGCCUCUACCCGCUCUGGGCCCGGCAGAUCCCUUACACGAUGAUGAAGUUCGCCUCGUUCGAGACCAUUGUUGAAAUGAUCUAUGCCCGUCUUCCCGGAUCCAAGAACGAUUACAGCAAGGCUGCGCAGACCGGUGUGUCCUUCACUGGUGGUUAUCUGGCCGGGAUUCUCUGCGCCGUAGUCUCUCACCCGGCAGAUGUCAUGGUUUCCAAACUCAAUGCUUACCGCGAGCCUGGGGAGGCUUUCGGAACCGUCGUGUCGAGGAUCUACAAGGACAUUGGUUUCAGGGGACUGUGGAAUGGUCUACCGAUGCGAAUUGUCAUGAUCGGAACCUUGACUGGUCUUCAGUGGAUGAUCUAUGACUAUUUUAAGAUCUUCAUGGGCUUGCCCACGACCGGUGGAGCGCCGCCGCCGGAGGAGAAGAAGUAAGUACGCUCACAAGCCGAAGUAGAUGUGAAUACUCCAGGAACGUGUCGGGCAAAUCACGAAGUGCUGGGAGCCAGGGAGCCAGGGAGCCAGUCCAGAUUCCAGGCUUCUGUACGACGAGCUGCUUAUUGACGAAAUUUGGGCCUAUACUUCUUUUCAACAUGGGUAUUGAGAACAAACGGAGGUAUAUAUUUGGAAUCGUAUAAGUCAUUGGUGCUGCAGAGCCACGGUUUGACCCAUACCUCGGUGGGAUUAAAGUCUAUCUGCCAAGGGAGCAGCAGCCACAGCUCCAGGGCUCCUGCACCCAAUUGCAGUGUGAUAAGUGGGGGCAGUCUAGGGAUGACAUCGGAGGCCCGUGCGUAAGCUCUGCUUGUAUCCCUGUCGCAUCUUUUCUGCCCGGCUGCUG